AUGGCUUUCGACACUCUGCAGCUAUUAGCUGCAAAGUUCAGCUUAGACGGGCACCCUCUGCAGGCCAUGAAGUGCCUGGAGGCGAGCCUGAGCCUGUCGCCGAUGCCUGCUGAUGCGGCGCAGGUCCGCCUGCGCGCGGCGCGCCUGCUGCUGCAGCACACCACCAACCUUGCGGAGGUUAAGCAACACCUUCAAAAGGCCGCCUGGACGUCUGCAGUCAGGCGCUCUCUGGUGCCGGCGCUGGGGACAGAGGGCGUGAUCACGGCGGUGGGCGAGGCGCUGCAGGCCGGCGGCGAGGAGGUGCACGACAGCCCGGCGGUGCAGCAGGUCAAGCUGCACUUCAAUGUAUUGCAGAUCAUCUACGCCAUCCGCCUCGGGCAAUACGACCAGCUCGUCAAGCUGCCAGAGCCCUCAAAAGACAACGCCCCGAGCAACCCCUCGGCUUCCACGCCGGUGGCCAUCACCACACUCCUGGAGCUGCUGGGCGCCGUGGCCGCGAGCGAGGGCGCCGCGGCGUACGAGUGGCUGCCGCUUGAGGCGCAGGAGGGGCUGGUGCGGCUGCUGGCGUCAACGAUCCUGCGAGGGCCAGGCAAAGUCAAGCCAGCGCUGGCACACGUGUCUCAGGGCCUCACGGCGGUGGACGAGGGCCUGCGGCGGCUGGGCGUCGCGGCGGCGCGUGGGGGCGGCGGCCCCGGCGGCGGCGACAGCAGCGGCGGCGGCGGCGGUCGGCCUGCCACAGAGCAGGAGGUGCACCACGCGGACGUCUGGGUGGCCCGGGCGCUGCUUGUGCUGCGGCUGCUGCUGGUGGAGUCGCGGCUGCAGCUGCACCUGCUGCAGUCGGACUACCCGUCGGCGCGGGGGGACGUCGCCGAAAACGCAGAGCUGUACGGACGCUUCCCGUUGCUGCUGGAGGCGCUGCGGCCGUCGCUGCACAUGCAGGCGGCCCUCUACGCACACGCAGUUGGCGCCUGGGGCGCCGCCGUGGCGCAUUACGCGGCAGCCGCGGGCGCGACCACCGACCCCCUGGCGGAGCCGCAGGCCCGGUGCCUCGCGGCCAUGGCGCGCGUCGCGCAGGGCGGCCCCGACGCAGCGGGCGAGGGCAUGACGCUGCUGGGGGACCUGUACGGGGCGCCUGCCCAGCGCGUCGCCGACUGCUGCGAGCGCGCGCUGGCGCAGGCCGCGGGCGCACUGCUGCGGCUGGGCGCGGGCGGCGGCGACGACCCUCAGGACGAGGCGCGGGCGGCGGAGGCAAAGGCGCGCGUGAUGCUCGGCAAGGCGCUCAAGUCGGCGCACGAGCGGUUGCACAGCCACCAGCUCGUCACGCAGCUGCUCAACACCCUGGCGCCGCUGCGGCUGGACGCAUCCGACGUGUCUGGCGCGACCCAGAUGCUGACGUCAUCUUUCACCCUGGCCAGGGCCAUGGGCGACCUCAACGGGCAGGUGGCGGCGCUAGGCGUGCUGCAGCAGGUGCACAUUGCCACCCACCAGGCGGACGAGGCGGCGCAGACCAGCAAUUACCUGGCGCGCAAGAAGGCCGACCUGGCGGCGCGGCUGGCGGCCGCAGAGGCGGAUGCGGCAGAGCACUCAGCAGUGCUGAGCUGGGGGCUUUAA